AUGAUCAACCCAACUAUUUUCUUUGACAUUGCAACGGACAGUGAGCCCUUGGGACAAAGUUCAAAGACAACAGAGAACUUUCAUACUCUGAGCACUGGGGAGAAGGGAUUUGGUUUUAAAGUUUCCUGCUUUCAUGGAAUUUUUCCAGGAUUUAUUUGCCACGGUGGUGAAUUCACAUGCUAUAAUGGCACUGGUGGCAAGGCCAUCUAUGGGGAGAAAUUUGAUGAUGAGAAUUUCAUCCUGAAACACACGAGUCCUGGCAUCUUGUCCAUGGCAAAUGUUGGAACCAACACAGACAGUUCCAAGUUUUUUAUCUGUGCUGUCAAGGUUGAGUGGUUGGAUGGGAAGCAUGUAGUUUGUGGCAAGGUGAAAGAUAGCAUGAAUAUUACGGAAGCCAUGGUGUGCUUUGGGUCUAGGAAUGGCAGGACCAGCAAGAAGAUCACCAUUGCUGAGUGUGGGUAA